CCCAGCAGCAGUGUCACAGUAGUACGCUGUGCUCUCGUAUACGGCGGGUGAGUGGUGGCUUGCAUACAGCAAAUUGUUCAGCAACGUUUCUGCCGUUUGUUCAAUCAGUGCGUCGUCGUUUUUUCGUAGAAGAUCGAGACGAGUCAGGAAAUCGUAACCGGCCUGAAAUCGAAACGACACACAUAGACAUCGUGCGGGGAGUUUUAUAGAGAGUCGACCAAACGAAGGAAGAUGAAGGGGAUGCUGGUGCCCGCACUGCUGGGCGUCUUGAUGGUCUGCCGGGUCCAAGCGGUGUCGGAGAGGCUCGAGUUGGCACCCGCUGGAGGAAGAUCAGAGCCGCAAGUUGCUACGUUAUGCGAGGCCGGAGAGGUGUACCUGGCGCAGCACAUGGGCGAACAGGGACGUUGGGUCUCAUCCGCCGACAAGAAGAGCUGCAUGACGGAUAAGCUAGAGAUUCUCGAAUAUUGCAAGAAGGCUUAUCCGAAGAGAGACAUCACCAAUAUCGUGGAAUCGUCUCAUUACGUGAGGGUUAACGGCUGGUGCAAGCCAGGCAGAACUAAAUGCAAAUUGUCACGUUGGGUCAAGCCGUACAGAUGUCUCGAGGGACCGUUCCAAAGCGACGCGUUGCUCGUGCCGGAAGGUUGCCUGUUCGACCACCUUCACAAUCAGACGAAAUGCUGGGAAUCUCACAGGUGGAACGCGACCGCAGCCGACACAUGCAGAGAGAGGAAUAUGAACCUGAGGAGCUUCGCGAUGUUGUUGCCCUGUGGAAUAUCGCUGUUCUCUGGCGUGGAAUUCGUGUGCUGCCCGAAACACCUCAAAGAAAAUAUGAAAGCCAAGAAACCGAUCGACCUGCCGAUUCCCAAGGGUAUGGACGAAGAUCUCGACGAGGACGAGGAUGAUCUCGAAGAUGACGAUGGCCUGGACACCGAAGCAGAUGACGAAGAUGACUCUGAAGCUGAUCCCGAGGACGUGCUUAGCGAUCAACCCGACGAUGACGAGAGCGACGAAGAAUAUCUCGACGAUUACAACUACGACACCACGACGAGUCGAUUGUCAACGACAGUUUCAACCACGGAGAAACCGAAACAGGAAGUGACCGCGAUGCCGUUGCCAGUUAGCACCAGCACACAACAGUCCUCUCAAUCGCAGAGCACACCGGAUCCGUAUCUGACUCAUUUCGAUCCUCGUUCCGAGCACCAGAGCUACAAGCAAGCACAAAUGAGGCUGGAAGAGGUGCACAAGGAGAAAGUAACGAAAGACUGGAGUGAUCUCGAAGAGAAAUAUCAAGACAUUCGUGCCCAUGACCCGGUCGCAGCUGAUGCUUUCAAACGAUGGAUGACCGCGCGAUUCCAGGAAACCGUUGCUGCUCUGGAAGAGAGCGGUGCCGCGGAGAAACAUCAGUUGAGCGCUAUGCAUCAACAAAGAGUACAAGAAGCUGUUAAACAAAGAAACGAGGAAGCAAUGUCGUGCUACACAGCUGCUCUGAACGAAACUCCACCAAAUAUGCAUCGUAUUCAGAAAUGUCUUCAGAAAUUGCUUCGGGCUCUUCACAAAGACAGGCACCAUACUAUCGCUCAUUACAAACAUCUGCUGGAUAGCAGCUUGGAACAAGCUCAACGCGAGAAGCCAGCAACAUUGGAACACUUGGCAGAGAUCGAUAGAAUUACCAAUCAGAGUCUGUUGAUGCUAGAACGGUAUCCUGAUUUAAGCGCAAAAAUUGGCCGCCUUAUGGAUGAUUACGUUUUGGCCCUCAGGAGCAAAGAUGAGACUCCUGGACUGCUGCUAGCGAUGACACGAGAAGCGGAAGCAGCCAUCUUAGAUAAAUAUCAGGCUGACGUUACCAGUAAGCAGCAAGAAAAAGAACAUCAAAAACUACUGGAGCGAGUACGCAAGGAGCAACGCAAGGCUGAACGUGGCGAGUUACGUACGGAACAGGCGCAACAGGAAGAAAAUGACUCGAUAAAUGACAACAAGGAUAUUCAACAGCCACCAGAACAACCGUCUGCAGUGGCGGCUAUGCACAGUGAAGGACUUGUAAGGGCAGCUCACAGUAUGACACAUGAUAUUUCCCACUCUGAACCGGGUUACUCUGUGAGAAGGGAGAUGUAUCACAGGGAAAGUCGAUCUGUCUACUUCACACUUGCGUUUGCUGGAAUCGCACUUAUGGCUGCAGCAGUGGUAGGCGUAGCAGUAUUCAAAAGACGCAGUGCAAGAAGCCCCCACAGUCAGGGAUUCAUUGAAGUUGACCAAGCAGCUACACCAGAGGAGCGGCAUGUUGCAAACAUGCAGAUCAAUGGAUAUGAAAAUCCUACAUAUAAAUACUUUGAGAUCAAAGAAUAAUUUAA